UCGGUUGAAGUUGCCUACUGUGGCGGGCGAGAAUACUAGAACGAGAGGAAAUUUGUUAUUUAGCCAUGUCCGAGAACAGCCGACAGUUGUGGAAGAGGAGUGCCAACCUACCGGGCAGGGUGCCCCCAUUUCAUCUCAAGAACAGAAAAGCAUCCAGUUUCCAUGAGUUUGCAAGAAAUACAAGUGAUGCUUGGAACAUUGAAGAUGAUGAAGUACUGCAUUCUUCUUCUUCUCAGACUGUAAAGUCGAGCAUAGCUGUGGAGGUCAUUGGCAGCUUCAAAGAAAAAAGCUGCUCCCAGGCCAUUGUAAUAAAUUCCAUCAGUGAAGGUCAGCCACACAGAGGUAAUUCAUCAUUCUACAAACCUCCGCAAAAGCAACAGCAGCAGUUUCCUCUCCGUCCUAUCAUUCCACUUGUUGCCAGAAUUUCUGACCAGAAUGCUUCUGGAGCACCCCCCAUGACUGUACGGGAAAAAACACGCCUAGAAAAGUUCAGGCAACUUCUCUCUUGCUCCAACACUGACCUAGAGGAAUUGAGAAAGUGCAGCUGGCCCGGUAUUCCACGAGAGGUGCGCCCCACUACUUGGAGACUUCUUUCGGGCUACCUCCCUGCCCAUAAGGAGAGACGCAAACUGACCUUACAACGCAAGCGUGAGGAGUACUUUGGCUUCAUUGAACAGUAUUAUGACUCUCGGAAUGAAGAGCAUCACAAAGAUACAUAUCGUCAGAUACAUAUUGACAUUCCAAGGACUAAUCCUCUAAUUCCAUUAUUUCAACAAUCAUUAGUUCAAGAGAUCUUUGAGAGAAUCCUGUUUAUCUGGGCAAUACGGCAUCCAGCAAGUGGAUAUGUUCAAGGAAUCAAUGACUUGGUGACUCCAUUCUUUGUUGUGUUUCUGACAGAGCAUGUGGAAGAUGAUGUGGAGAAUUUUGACGUGGGCAGUCUUCCCAAGGACAUUCUGCACAGCAUUGAGGCUGAUAGUUUCUGGUGUAUGAGCAAGCUUUUAGAUGGCAUCCAGGAUAACUACACAUUUGCUCAGCCUGGAAUCCAGAAAAAGGUGAAAGCAUUGGAAGAGCUUGUGAGUCGAAUUGAUGAUCAGGUUCACUGUCAUUUUCAGAAGUAUGAAGUGGAGUACCUACAGUUUGCCUUCCGCUGGAUGAACAACCUUCUUAUGAGGGAGCUGCCCUUGCGCUGUACUAUUAGACUAUGGGACACAUACCAGGCAGAACCUGAAGGAUUUUCUCACUUCCACUUAUAUGUUUGUGCUGCUUUCCUGAUUAAAUGGAGGAAAGAAAUUAUGGAUGAAGAUGAUUUCCAGGGACUGCUCACGUUACUUCAGAAUUUGCCUACAAUCCAUUGGGGCAAUGAGGAAAUUGGUCUACUACUUGCAGAAGCAUACAGGCUAAAAUAUAUGUUUGCAGAUGCACCUAACCAUUAUCGUCGGUAGAUACUAAACUCUGUGUCAAAAAGAAACGGCUCCCCUUUUAAGACAUUUGAAGUUCAACUCCCUUGAGCUACUGUAAUCUCUAUAACUUUCGCCAGACAAGCACUAUUAUCUUACAUAAACACUCCUUAAUUGUGACCCUUUGGUCAUCUGCCACUGUUUAUAUGUUUUUAAUGAUUUAAGUGACUGGAAAUAGAAACUCAACAAUUUUCCAAAUUACCAGUCUGAAUAUUGCAUCAGUAAACAACUCCAAUACAAUAUAUUUGUGUCUAAAACACUGUUUAUAUGUACAAAAAUGAAGGUGUACAGUAAUAGGAUAUAAUACAUGUUCAUUGUGAUUAUUUAUUCACUGACCUCGAAGUAUAAAAUUGUUAUAACAGUGUAUAUAUGUUUACAAAAUAAAGCGUUCAAAUUUUUAUUCGAGAA